AAGAAAAGAAAAGAGUAUCCGUGUCGUAUAUAUUAAAGAGCUAGGGUUAGCGCAUUCUCUCCUUCAUCAGAAUCUUCACAUCCGCCGGCCGCCGCAGUCACAUUCUCCACCACCGCCAGCAUGGGUCGUAUGCAUAGUGGAGGGAAGGGUAUCUCCGCAUCUGCACUGCCAUACAAGAGAACUCCUCCCAGUUGGCUCAAGAUCUCAUCUCAAGAUGUCGAUGACAACAUCUUCAAGCUCGCCAAGAAAGGCAUGACUCCUUCUCAGAUCGGUGUCAUUCUUCGUGAUUCUCACGGAAUUGCCCAGGUCAAGAGCGUUACAGGAAACAAGAUCUUGCGUAUCCUCAAGGCUCACGGGCUUGCACCUGAGAUUCCUGAGGAUCUUUACCAUCUGAUUAAGAAGGCCGUUGCCAUUAGGAAGCAUCUUGAGAGGAACAGGAAGGACAAGGACUCCAAGUUCAGGUUGAUUCUUGUUGAGAGCAGGAUUCAUCGUCUCGCCCGUUACUACAAGAAGACUAAGAAGCUUCCUCCAGUCUGGAAAUAUGAAUCUACUACUGCCAGCACUCUUGUUGCUUAGGAGGAGUGUGAUCAUCCAGAAACUAAUAGGCUUCAUGUUUUGCUUGCUCCAUUCUAGUUUUACUUUAGUGUGAAAAAUGACUUGAAGCAAUCAUAUGAAUUUGCGACUUCAAAUUAUUCGAAGGAGAAAUCCUUUGGAUUUGUUAGACGGUCUGAAUGUUAUCAUUUAUGCUAGCUUCUUCUUCUGUUAGUUGUUCAAUUAUUAAAGAAUUUCUGAAGAUAACUGCCAUUACUUUCAAACAUACUUUUACUUCAAGCAUGUUUUUCUAAUGAGUUAUUUAUUAAUUGUUAUCAUCAUGCUUAUG